UUUUUCCGAAUUUGAAUGCUUUGGCACACUUUUGUCCCUGCUUUUCCUAAUUUUUAUUUCUCGUAAGACUUAAGGAGCUGUCGGAGGAGCAGCCGAAAAGUGUCGCCGCAACGUCCAAGUGGCGCUGCGGUCAGGUAGCCAAAUCCAAAUUGAACAACAAAACCGCAGACUUAAGAAAAAAAAAUCGCUUUUUACCGCCCUUCCUUUUAUCCUAAAGUAAUAGUAACUCGUGCUAAACAUCGUAUUAAGCACAUCUUUUCGACGUAGUAUUGGAAUUACGUUACAGCAACAGAGCAGCCGAACAAGCGGCCAUCUUGAAUUUAUAUACAGUCACCGUGCCUUGGUAGGUCGUCACACCGUAAUUCUAAUACUACGUUGAAAAUAUACACUUAAUAUCAUGUUUUGCACUAGUUACUAUUACUUUAGGAUAAAAGGAAGGUCGGUAAAGAGCGAUUUUUUUUCUUAAGUACGCGGUUCUGUUACUUGGACGUUGCGGCGACACUUUUCGGCUGCUCCUUCGACAGCCCCUUAAUCGCCAUUUUUGCAUUAAAACUUAAUUAAAUUUGAUUGGAUCGAUAGGAAUCGAUUAAAUUCUAUAUAAGAAAUAAUAAUUAAAAUAAACAGAUAAAAAACAGCAAUUAAAAUCCAUAGCUUUUUUUCUUGAUUUUAAUCGAUUCCCAUUGACCGUAUCGAAUUUAAUCGAUUUUUAUAGCAAAAAUUGCAAUUAAGACUUACCAUUAUAAUCGAUAAGAGAUCUUAUCGAUUUUUAGGGACUUUUUUUAGCCGGGUAGAUAAAAUUUUCAUUUCUACAUGCCGCUUACUUGCCUAGCCUAACUCUCGCGCAAUAGACUACAGCUUUUAGCUGUUUAAGUCUGUACUGCAAUCAAUCAGAACGAGUUGAACGCAGAACACGACACUUCAACUGGGCUGGUGCCUGGUAUGCGAGAGCACUGCAGCCAUCAGCCGUUUUCCUUAUCCUGUUCGUUCUCCUGUAUAUCAAUAGUCUUCAUGAAUCAUAACAUCGUAAACAGUAAUACAAAGCGUGUAAUAUGUAUAUGUACAAUUCAAUCAAUUUGUUGCUGUUGCUAACCUAGUCUUAAGGAAUUUCUACAUGAUGAUAAUAUUUUGUAUAUAUUUAUAAGUAAACUAAAAAUAUAAAAAAAUAAGCAAACUAUUUAUUAAAUUAUAAAUAAUAAUUUCAAAUUUUUGAUUCUUAGAAUUUGAAAAAGAUUUUAAAAUGUCUUGAGUUUACACUGUGUAAUCCAAUAACUAUGUCAGUUACAUAAAUUCUUUUUGGACAAAAAAUAACAAAAUAUGUUUAAAAUAAACAGUCAAUGUAUUUUUAUUCCUUAUUGCACUAUUAUAAAAAUAGCGUUGCAUUCUCCAGCUUGUCUGCCAAUUAUUUAUUUGUCAUAAAUAGAGAUUAAAUCUCAAAUUUUUUUUAUUCAAAUAUUUAGUACAUUUAAGAACAGGAUUAAUUCAAAACCAACUAAAUGGUUGGCAUAGAUUUUUGUAAAGUUACAAGUUAUAAGUUUCAAUCGUAUAACUGCAAUGUCCAAUUUAUCUUUAAUUCUUGAUAAAACAAAUAAGUUUUUAGAACAGUUAGUAAAUAAAAGAAAUAAGAUUGUAAGAAAAUAAAAAAAAAUAGAAAUAUAAUUAUGACAAGUGUACCGCAAAUGUCCAGUGGACUUAGUAAAUUAAAAAAAAAACACUUUCGUGUCAAACAUCAAAAAGCUAAAGUCUUUCGAGCUAAUGAGCCAUUGCUUAGUGUGUUUAUGUGGGGUGUCAAUCAUACUAUAAAUGAAUUGAGCCACGUUAAUAUUCCUGUUAUGCUGUUACCAGAUGAUUUCAGAGCCUACAGUAAACUGAAAGUUGAUAAUCAUCUCUUUAACAAAGAAAAUAUGCCAUCUCAUUUUAAAAUCAAAGAAUAUUGUCCGCUAGUUUUCAGAAAUUUACGGGAAAGGUUUGGGAUUGAUGACGUGGACUAUAAGGAAUCAAUGACAAGAUCACAGCCAGUUCUCGAUGAUGCUUCUGGAAAAAGUGGUGCUAAAUUUUAUCAGUCAUUCGACAAAUUAUUUAUUAUAAAAACGAUGACAAGCGAGGAAGUAGAAAGAAUGCACUCGUUUUUGAAGCAUUACCACCCGUAUAUUGUUGAAAGACAUGGAAAAACUUUAUUGCCACAAUAUUUGGGGAUGUAUCGUUUAACCGUUGAUGGAGUUGAACACUACGUUGUAGCUAUUAGAAAUGUUUUUUCUAAUCACUUGAAUACUCACAAGAAAUUUGAUCUAAAAGGAUCAACAGUUGAUCGAGAAGCUUCAGAUAAGGAAAAAGAAAAAGAUUUACCAACUUAUAAAGAUAAUGAUUUUGUUAAAGACAAAAUGAAGAUAUAUAUUGGUGAUGAGGCUAAAUCUAAGCUCAUAGAGACUUUAACUGCUGAUGUCGAUUUUCUUACGAGAUUGCAUUUAAUGGAUUAUUCUUUACUUCUUGGAGUACAUGACUGCACACGAGCAGAACAAGAAAACAAAGAACGCAUGGAUAAAGAAGACGAUGAUGAUAAUCAUGAUGAUGAAGAUGAUAGUGAAUCUGGAAGUGGUGCAGAAUGUCGUGGUCCUAUAGGAGAGCGUUUAUGGAGUUGGAGUGGUAUGACUGGUAUGGCUACACCACCGGAAUCUCCGCAAGGUCUAUUAUUGCGAGAUGCAAGUUUACAAUAUGACGAUUCCAUAAUUCCAGAAUUAGAUAUAUAUGCGAUUCCAAGCUCACCAAAUGCUCCUGACAAGGAAAUUUAUUUUCUAGCUAUUAUCGAUGUACUGACACAUUAUGGUGUUCGUAAACAAGCAGCAAAGGCUGCAAAAACUGUCAAGUAUGGAGCAAACGUCGAUGGGAUUUCUACAUGUGACCCAGAACAAUAUGGCAAACGGUUUAUAGAAUUUUUAUGCAAAGCCAUAGAAUAAAAUAGUAUGAAUUUCUAAUGUAAAAUAUUAUAAUUAAAAGCGUAUUAUUAUAAAGUAUAUGUCUUAUUUAAUAAAUUAUAAAGUUAUUAUACAUAACAAAAAUAAAGAAAAAAAAA